AUGGACAGCGCGCUCCUGCUCGCCCUCUGCCUCCUGCCGCCCCUCUGGGCUCAGGACCCUGGCCCAUCCGGUGCAGCACCUGCGGCCCCGGUCCUGCGCCUGUGGCGGCCGGAGGGGCCCCGGCGAGUGAAGCGGGCCUGGGUGAUCCCCCCGAUCAGCGUCUCCGAGAACCACAAGCGCAUCCCCCACCUCCUGGUGCAGAUCAAGUCGGACAAGCAGCAGCCCGGGGGCGUCAUCUACAGCAUCAAGGGGCCGGGGGUGGACGAGGAGCCGCUGGGCAUCUUCUCCAUCGACAAGCUCAGCGGGAAGGUCUUCCUCAACACUGUGCUGGACCGGGAGCAGAACGAGCGCUUCCGUCUGAAGGCCUACGCGCUGGACCUGGGGGGCAGGACGCUAGAGGACCCCACUGACCUGGAGAUCAUCGUGGUGGACCAGAACGACAACCGGCCCCUCUUCCGGCAGGAGGUGUUCACGGGGCAUGUGAUGGAGGGCGCCGAGCCAGGUACCCUGGUGAUGACGGCAGAGGCCACAGAUGCCGACGACCCUGACACGGACAACGCGGUGCUGCGGUUCUCCAUCCUGGAGCCAGCCACCGGUGCCUUCCACAUCAACGAGACCACGGGCGAAAUCCGCACCGCGCAGGCCGGGCUGGACCGAGAGGCAGUGGCCGUGUAUAACCUGACGCUUCAAGUAGCUGACAUGUCCGGGGACGGCCUCACCACCACGGCUGCCGCGGUCAUCUACGUGGACGACAUCAACGACAACCCGCCCGAGUUCACGGAGGACGAGUUCUCCCUGGAGGUGGCGGAGGAUGUGCAGGGGGCCGAGGUGGGCCGCGUGCUGGUGCACGACAAGGACCUGCCCGGCUCCCCCAACUGGCUGGCACGCUUCACCAUCCUGGAGGGCGACCCCGAGGGCGUCUUCGCCAUCCGCACCGACCCCCGCACCAACGAUGGUGUCCUCUCCACCGCCAAGGCGCUGGACCACGAAGUCCGGGACCGCUUCGCGCUCACAGUCUCGGUGCAGAACCAGCAAGUGCUGGACCCCGCGGCCCCGCCGAGCGCCCGGGCGCUGGCCACGGUGCACGUGCACGUGCGAGAUGUCAACGAGGCGCCCAUCUUCCCGGAGAACCCACGCUUGGUGAGCGUGGCCGAGGGGGCGCCGCCUGGCACCGAGGUCACUGUCUACCGCGCCAGCGACCCCGACAUCCGCCAGGCCCAGGCUCUCAGCUACUCCCUGGCCUACGACCCAGCAGCCUGGCUGCGGGUGGAGCCGGGCUCCGGGCGGGUGCUGAUCACGCGGGAGCUGCCGCGGCUCUCAGCCUUCCUGCAGGGAGGCCUGUACACGGCCCUCAUCCUGGCCAGCGAUGACGGUGAGCCUCCGCUCACAGCCACGGGGACCCUCUCCAUCGAGAUCUGGGAGGUCAACGACCACGCGCCCGUCCUGACCCCGCUGGCCGGCGUCGUGUGCAGCCAGCCAGGCCAGGGCCGGCCCCUGCUGCUCAGUGCUACCGACGAGGACCUGUCGCCCCACGCCGAGCCCUUCAACUUCAGCCUGGGCUCCGGCGACCCCCAGCUCGCCCGCAACUGGACCCUCAGCCGCGUCAACAAGACCCACGCUGCGCUGAGGCUGCUGGCGGAGGUGCCUGAGGGGCUCUACAUGCUGCCCGUGCUGGUCUGCGACUCGGGGAUCCCGCCGCAGGAGCAGAAGCAGCUGCUCAACGUGUCCGUGUGCCUCUGCGGGGACGGCGGUACCUGCUGGGAGGGGACGGCAGUCGCCUCCGCGGUGGGUGCCGGCCUCAGCUUCGAGGCCCUCAUGAUCGUCCUGGGCACCAUCAUCCUGCUGCUGCUGCUGGUCCUGCUGGCCGCCAUCGGGGAGCGGUGUCGGCAGCGCGCGCUGCGCAAGGGGCUGCUGGCGGGGUCUCGGGAUGACCUGCGGGACAACAUCCUCAACUACGACGAGCAGGGCGGCGGUGAGGAGGAUCAGGAUGCCUAUGACCUCAACCAGCUGCGCCACCCCGAGCUGUUCCCGCCGCCGUCGCCGCGGGGCAAGCAGCCGCUCCGCCGGGACGCACCGUACAGCUACGGCUCCCCUCUGUACCCCCGGCGCCUGCCUGCCGGCCCCUCCGACAUUGAGGACUUCAUCAACGAGGGGCUGGACGCGGCCGACAGCGACCCCAGCGUGCCUCCGUACGACACAGCUCUCAUCUACGACUACGAGGGCUCGGGCUCCGUGGCCGGGACGCUCAGCUCCAUCGUCUCCAGCCUGGAGGACGGCGACCAGGACUACGACUACCUCAAUGAGUGGGGCCCGCGCUUCCGGCGCCUGGCGGACCUGUACGGGCAGUAG